AUGAUGACUGAAAGCACUCGAUCAAAGACGAAUCCAACACCGAAUUAUUUAUUUCGUAAUGUAACAGAACUUACGCUGACGAUUAAUCAACAAUGGCCCAUCAAAUCAAUUGAACAUCUUUCAACAAUUGUUAAUCUAUCGAAUCUUCAAAAAGUCUACUUAAAUUUCGGGUGUGACUGUAAAUUCGCUGUGAGUUUGGAUGUCGAAAUGGAUACAUUAUUCAAACGAGCAUGGAAUCUUCGUUCAAUUCAAAUAACUUGCAAUGAUUCCGAGAGAAUGAAGUUGAUAACUCUGAAUGCUAUCUGUUUGAAAUUACCAUCUCAUAUAAAACGUCUCGAUACUGAUAUCAUGACUCAUAAAUUAGAUUUAAAUUUUCUUGCUCGUUCUUUAUCAUGUUAUAAUCGUGAACAACGUUUGAUACUUGUUCAAGACCUCGAAUAUGAACACAAUUAUAAAAUUAUCGAUAUGGUACUUGAACAGCUUGAAUCACCUAUGCGCUCGUGUGUACUAGCCUUGUCAUUUGAACCAAUUGAAUUAUAUGUACACCAUGUUCAUGAUUUACUCUUUUUAACGUUUCAGAACAAAAGUAAUAUGAAUAUAUCGAAAAACUCUAUCGAGACCGAUCUUCAUGUUGUUCAAAGCAAAGAAAGCCUUCUAUCCAAACUAAUUAUUCAAUUACUUGAAGGACAACGUAAUGAAGAUAUUACUUAUUCAGUAUCAGCAGCAAAAGUGAUCGCUAAAAAGCUAUCCGAAACUAGCAAAGAUGCGACAUCUGGUAUUGAUUCUGACAUAUUUAUAAAAAUUUUUACACAUGAUGCUUUUGCGCAAUUAUCAGCUGUAUUUGAUAUAUAUGAAGAUAGAUAUGGAUGCCCCAUACAAGCGGCUAUUCAACAUCAAUGUGAAAAUCAAAUUGAAGUUGAAUGCUUUCAAGACAUCGUUGAAUAUACACGAUCUCCAGCUGGUUAUCAUGCUAAAAUACUUCGACAAGCAUUAGAUCAAAAUCCAGUUGAUUAUAUUACAUUAAUAAGAAUUUCUGUUGGCCACGAAGGCAAAGACUUAUCGGAAAUCAAAUUAGAAUAUUCAAAAGUGUUUGAUGAAACACUGGAUCAAACAAUUCAAGAUCGUAUUGAUAUUUUAGAAAUAAAAAGAUUGCUUCUUACGAUAAUUACGAUUGGUGACGACACAAUGCCAAACGAUAGUAGUGAAACUCGAUCUGAUAAGAGAGACAGUAGUAGUCUAGUUAGCGAAGCAAAUGCAUUUCAUUCUCAAAAUUAA